CCGUAACCCAACGUAACGUCCGUUCGUUUAAAAAGACCACAGGCAGACUGGUGGUCCCUGACGGGGUUGUUAACUUAGUUGAGAGAAAUGGUCAUUAACGGUUGCUAAACACAAGCAGUUGGCUAAAAAAAGAAGUGAGUGCUUGUUUGUUUUUUCUAGAGAGAAGAUGGAGCUCGAAGGGAUAGUGAAUGUACGCACGACCCCGAGUCGCCACGAAAAAAGUUUGGGGCUCCUCACGAGGAAGUUUGUCAGUCUACUACAAGAAGCUAAGGAUGGCGUUCUUGACUUGAAAGUGGCUGCAGAGAGCUUGGCAGUGAAGCAGAAAAGGAGGAUUUAUGACAUCACUAACGUCCUGGAAGGUGUGGGGCUAAUCGAGAAGAAAAACAAGAACAUAAUCCAGUGGAGGGGGCAGAACAGAGGGAGCCAAAGUCAGGAGUUGUUGGAGCAGAUCAGAGUUUUAAAAGCCCAAAUCUCUGAUCUUGAGGUUCAAGAGAAGGAGCUGGAUGAGCAGAAGUCCUGGUUGGAGGAGAACAUUGAACAGCUCAACUGCGAUCCAGACAAUUGUGUCCAUAAAUUUGUGACACAUGAGGACAUCUGCAAUUCAUUCAGUGGUGACACCCUCCUGGCUGUUGUGGCCCCUUCUGGAACCCAGCUGGAGGUGCCCCUUCCUGAACUGGGUAAAAGUGGGCAGAAGAAAUACCAAGUGAACCUGCGGAGCCAGUCUGCUCCCAUUCAAGUGAUGCUCAUCAACAGAGAUUCUGGCUCCAGAGUGCCUGUGGCCUUUCCUGUACCCCCCACUGACGACACAUGUCUGAUGCCAACUCCUCCCAGUACGCCCGCCAGCCUGCAGAGGUUUUCCCUCCUAAACUGUGUUGCCACUACAUCCAACCCCACCUCCUCCUGCUGCAGCCAGGACUCCAUCUCCUCAGACCAGCAGAUGGUGCUGCCAGACCUCGAUGAAGAGCUGACUCCAUCAUCCACCCCUGUUGACGUGCCGAUGGAGUUUCACAGCGAGUCAGCAGCCGUGUUGGAGCAGCAUCAAAUAGACCUGGAGGACCCAGAGUUCCAGUCUGUUCCAGACGUUAGCAGCCUGCUGAGGCUCAGCACAGGCGGGGAAAGCAUGAGAGACGACAGAGAGGGAGCUGGUGGCCUUAUUGAUGAGCUAAUGUCUGCUAAUGAUAUAGACUACAGCUUCAAUCUGGAUGACGGUGCAGGAGUGUGUGACCUGUUUGAUGUGCAGAUCCUCAAUUACUGAUCUCUGAUGGUGGUUCUGCUGCCCGCCUCGACUCUGUUGCCCGUCGUUACACACACCUCCAAGAAAUGUUUCCUGUAUAUUUCCUGUUUUGUUAUUAUUGCACAGCCAGUACUUUAUGAACCAUUGUUGCCUUAAAAAAAAUCAAAGAAAGAUUAAUCCUACAGGUUCACUUCUUUCCCUCUUUGUAUUUUUCCAUGUCCAGUGGAAGACCACAGUUACAAUUGUUACUUUGUUGGACUUUGACAACGUUUUGACUUUCGUGGAUUUUUCCCGACUAUAACUUGUAAUGAUUCAGUUUGGGAUCGGUGUUAUUUUUAUGAAUGUAAGCUCUUUUUGUUUUUUUACAUGAAAAUUAUCAAUCGUUUCAGAGUUCUGUUUCAGGAACAUUUGGUAUUUAAAGAAUUAAUGUUUUGGGCUUCAUUUUGUUACCUUUUUAUAAUUUGAAAAAGCCAAAAAGUUUUAUUUUCUACAUUACUUACACUGCCAGUUUAGGCCACAGUUUUUUUCACUGCUGUAUAUUUAAAUAACUACAUUUUAUACUUAAUAAUAGGUAAUUUGUUCUAGUAUUUCGUAACUGAAGCUAGGUGAAAUGUCUUAAUUUAAAUAAGUUUGCCAUUUCUCUAAAGUGAUGAGUAUUCAGAGCUUUGAGUGACAAUUUGUGUGUUUGGUUCCUAAUUAAAAUAAGUCAUAUUUUGUUGCACAUUCUGUCAUUUUUUUUAAAUAAAUUGGUUUAUUCUUGA